CCGAUGCGGCCGGGAGACGUUAUCAGUGGCCGAGAUAGAGGAGUCAGACCCCUGCACAAAAUCUGAUCGAGGCCAAAUCUCAUAACAAUUGAGACCUCACCCCUGGCGCGACUUUGACUCCUUUUCUCAUCAUAUAAACAACUUCAUGGUCGUAGGAAAGGAACCACACGGCAACACAACUCCAAUCAUCAACAACAUCACCGCGCUGUUGAAGUUAGAGGCGACGACGCCCACCGCAACGAUGGCGACGAGCACACCGUCGCGGGCUGGCUCACUGUGGCCGGCUCGUUCCUUGUCUAUUUCGUGUCUUUUGGCUACAUGAAUAGCUUUGGGUACUUCCAAGACUACUACCUCGGCCAUAGUCUGGCUGGGUACCCGAGCUCGGUCAUCGCGAUCAUCGGGUCCCUCCAGCUCGGCCUCAUGAACCUCAUCCAGCCUGUCGCCGGUGGUCUCGCCGAUUCGUACAGCCCGAGCAUUCUCUACGCUGUCGCGGCUGUCGGCGCGAUUGUAUCGAGUAUCGGCGUCUCAUUCGCCCAGCCGGGCCACAUUUGGCAGUUCAUCCUCACUCAAGGCAUCAUCUUUGGAUCAACCGCUGUGUUCGGUACAGCGGUCUCCUUGCCUCUCGCUAGCCAGCACUUUACGAGAAGACGCGCAUUAGCCAUUGGCAUUGUCGCUAGCGGGAGCAGCGCAGGAGGAGUCUGUCUCCCCAUCAUGUUCUCUCGUCUUGUGCCACGUAUCGGCUUCGGUUGGGCUUUGCGAGUUGCUGCGCUGAUUGCUCUAGUAUGCUAUGGGGUCGCUAUACUCAUCUCGCGACCCAAGUUGCCACGCAAGCCUGUCAAAUCCAUUUGGUCUAUUGUGGACUUCAAUGGCUUCCGCGACGCACGAUACUCUACGCUGGCGCUUGCUAAUGUGGUUGGUAACUUUGGGCUUUACGUACCAUUCUACUACUUAGAGCCGUACAUCGCGGUUCACCACCCGGGAGCCGCGGUGAGGAACUACAUUCUCCCGCUUAUCAACGGAUCAAGCUUCUUCGGCCGAGUGAUCGGUGGAUACGUAGCCGAUCAUACUGGUGGAUUAAAUCUCCUCUAUCCACUGACGGCAAUUUCGGGUAUACUCUGCCUUACCUUGUGGCUUUUAUCCACCAGCGUCAGCAUGAUUAUAGCUUUUGCCUGUUUAUACGGCUUCUGCUCGGGAAUAUUUAUCAGCGUCACACCUUCCGUGACCGUCAGACUGUCUCCGAAAGAUAAGGUCGGUGCCCGCCUAGGUGCAUUUUCCAUUUGGAGUGCAAUCGGAGUGUUCACCGGCACGCCCAUAGGUGGCGCUUUCGUCCGGCGAGGAACUCCGGAAGAGUAUCAGCACCUGAUCAUCUUUACCGGCAUUUGCCUCACUGCCUCUGCCGUCCUUCAAUUUGCGACGCGCAUCCUCUGUGAUAGAGAUCUACGCAAGACGUGGUAAAAAUCUUCUGCUACCGGACAACAAGGCCAUACACCACGAGGUUGGCUUGCCUUGCGGUCCGGCAGCGAGCCGGCAAGCGAAGUUGGGGGCUGAUUUUGUUAGAAAAGAUCAGGGCAGGGGGGGAUAUGGGGAACGGUGGAGUGCAAGAGAAUGUAGUCGAGGAGGAUCUGCGCCAGGUAGCGAGUUAGUGAUUGAGAGGCGGUCUAUGAUGUUGGGAGAAAUCGGCAUGGGUUCGAAAUGUUGAGUUGAUCUAUGGCCAUGUUCGAGCCUUGGCUUCUAUGUUUAUUGCUUGAGGUGGAGCGCUACGGUGGUGGCAUCCGCGUCGGUCGGCGGGACUUCAUGGGAUCAUCCGACGUAGAUAUAAAUCCAGACCAUCUGAACCAUCUAUAUAGUCUGCAUAAGGUCCUUAGGCACAAUUGAAACACGGAU